CGUCAAUUCAUUAUCGCGCACCAGUGUUUCCGUUUCAGUAAAUCGAUUCCGUCAGGCGUGUGCCGUGGAACUUUGGUCUGUAGCAUCGUUGGCGAAAGAAUGGGGUCUCCGAAGAUUCUUCUUGGAUACUGGGAGAUUAGAGGCCUCGGCCAGCCUUGCCGGCUUCUGCUGAGUUAUGUCGGUGCUGAUUUCGAGGAUAAACGAUACUACACUGGUCCGGCGCCGGACUACGAGAAGAAAGAGUGGUUCGAUGAGAAAGCAAAAAACCCUUAUGGUUUAGCGUUCCCAAACUUGCCAUACCUAAUCGAUGGUGACGUUAGGCUGACUCAGACACAUGCUAUUAUGCGUUAUCUUGGACGUAAGUACGACCUUAUCGGUUCGAACGAAACGGAGAUAACUCGUUGCGAGUUAGCGGAACAACAGCUUUGUGAUCUUCGCAAUGAGUUUGUUCGUUUCUCGUACACCCCCGAACCACAAUGUAGCGAAUUGAAGCCCGAGAGGACGGAGAAGUUUAGAAGUAUGCUUAAGCAGUUCUCAGCGUUCCUAGGCGACAGGAAGUGGAUGGCUGGCGAGAAACUCACGUUUUGCUUGUUCUUCUGCACACAAUCAAACGCUGACGUCGAUGCUGAUUAUGCCCACAAAUAGGGUUUUAUGAGCUUUAACUAAUAAGACAAUUGAUUUACAGAUGGGAGUUUGUAAUGCCAUGGGUCCGUAAUAAACCAAGUCAGCAGGUUUAACACGGUCGUUGUUUCGAGUGGAUAGGAUACCUACCUAGCUGCCAGGCAAAUGGGACAUCAAUUAGAUUGGAGGUACCUUUAUCUAAUAAUUUUUUUUGUCCAAUGAUUUCAGUUGUGAGACAAACGAUCCUUGUUUUAAGUAGCUUUCAGGUUAUUAAGUAUAUAAGCUAGGUUUCCUAAAGAAGGGGUUUUCCAUUUUACAUUGGUGGAUUUCGUACCAAAGGUAAAGUCUUAUUAAAGAAAGCGCGAAGAUUUUUUGAUUUUAAUUUCCGAAUAAAAUCGAUUCUUUACGGUGCGUACAGCAACAUCUUUUUGCCAUAGAUUCGCUGUCUAUGGCUUUAAAACCCAUACUUGUGGUGUUAUCUAAAAUGGGCUUCAUGACAAGCCAACGGUACUAGUAUAAUAAUUGUCUAACAAUGCCCUGCUUACGUUACCGUAUGUCCGUGCUCUUGCGCAGGGUUACCAACCUAAACGGUACCGGUUGUAUAAUUCCCAUCGACAUAUUCCAGAUUAUCGGUCGCCAUUUGGCAUCCACUAAAGGUUGUUCACUAGGAAUUUCCAGGGAGGGUAAUUCUUGAACAAUUGUAUCGUUCGCUCAGCAAACAGCUAUUUUCGGGUUCGUUUUUAUCGGGGUACGGGCUCGAAAAUGUGCAGCUCUAGCGCUAGCAGGCGCCACCCAAGCCGUUGAUCUUCUAACUCCAUCAGCGACGGCCAAAUGCGGCCUUUCUGGAAUUCUCCUCUCUUCGCUUCUAGUUUGCCUCCUCUUCCCACUACCAUUCUACUCUGGACCUCUAAGCGCACCUGCCUCUUAGGGGUAGGGGUAGCAGCAGCGUACGAGUGUGUGCACAAGGCCGUAAGAAACGCGCGCGUACUGCGCUUUCGCAGCUUUCGGCUUACCCUCAAAUGCGUUUUCUGGUGGAAUGGUCUUGCCUGCUGCUCACUUAGCCUCUCAGUCUCUCCGUUCGAUUUUGGUAAUAGGGGCGGUAGCGCCAGUGGUCACACGAGGUGACGGCAAGGGGGACUAAAGAGAGGAAAAGAAAACUAACAGGAUUAAACGUAUGUUGUCGAAAAAGCGUAUAAUACCAAUGGAAAAGUGCACAAGCAGACGAAUUAUCAAGAAAGCUAACAAGCAAAGAAUGCACACUUCACAGUAGUUGAGGCAAGAUGAGUCGGUUCUGUGUGGACGAUCAGCGGUACCGAAGGGUGCAGUAUAGCACUAAUUGUACGUGCUUAGUGAAUGAUAGCUUAACCCGAACCAACAAUUGCAAUGUUGCCUGGGAACACCAACUGCCUGUCACGUUUUGUGCCUACACCACUUCCCACUAGGUCAGGUAGAAUAUUGUACAUCUCAAACUAAUUAUGUGUAUAAUAAAAAAGUUUAAUAGUUUUUUUAAAAGUUAUUUUGCCGGUGUCCUUAACAUUUUAGUGCUAUUUCUAAUGCUGCGCAAAAUUUAUUCAUAGAAACGAUUUUCUGUCAUGUAUAGCUUGUCAUUUUCUAAGGGAACUAGCGCAUCUCAGCUACCCGUUGCCAUGUGUUUGCUAUGAAAGCCUUUGCCUGCUAAGCGCAUUACGCGUGCUAUGUCUAAUAAUUCCGUGUCUAAUGACUAAGAAUAAACUUUACAAACAUCGCCCAUUGCAGUUCUAGCUCCUCUGCUAACUUCGAUAAACAGGACCAUUAGCUGGUCAUCUAGACACGUGCAAUGAAAAGUCUUUCGCUAGCCCUAUUUAGCCAGUAAUCGUAGUUCAGGGCAACAUGGGCAGGUGGCUAUGGAAUGGUUGUCAGUACAAGUAAUACCUCCUUUGUUGAGCCUUGAUUCAAAUGAGCGCGUAACAGCUCUUUAUUUACAAUAAAUUAUCCUUGUCUCAAUGUAGAUGCAUCAUUGUCAAGGUAUAAACAUGAAGGCGAGUAAACUGAAUGAAGCAGGCUUUGUAACAAUCAGCAUUCUUUUUCUGCCAGUUCCUUUCGUUCAAAUAAGAGGGAACCCGUCUUGGAAAGGAGGUUGGGAGGGCGCGACAUUUCUCCAACGCGCUACCGCGCAUGUCCGUAAAUUCCAUGGAACUGUAAGAUACAGCGGCAUAUGGUAAGGCUAUCUUACGGAAUACGAAUUUUUAUGUAUAUAACAUAACAAAACAA